AUGGAGGUAGCAUGGUGGCAGGGUGUGACAAAACCAGCUUCUGAUUGGACGAAGGGUCAGUCGUCUUCAGUCGAUUUUCUUCAAUCGUUGUUGAGUUACUCAGACGUCCACAUCUCAGAACGCUCAGGUGAACCGAGUCGCGUUGUGAUACUGUGUGAUAAUACUGAACAUUCAAGAAUUGCCACUCCUGUGACCAAUAUGUUCCCGGACGAUUCCAAGAUGAAAUUUGUACCACUGGCUGCAUAUUCGACCGUUACCAGACGAACUUCUUCGAUGCAUGUCAAAAGCGACAUAUUAAAGAGGCCCGACGAACUUUCUGUCAGAAAGUAUGAGACUUACGCCAACUCGUCUGCGAAAUACCAAUUUACCGAUUAUGAUGAGAUUGAGCUGGUGCGUGAAGACGUUAUAUAUGCUGCAAGCUUUUAUUAUAUUAUUAAACGUCCUGUAGCAGACAAGGAAAGAGCAUCCAAACAUAAAAUAUCUUUCAAACAAGAAGCAGAUGUUGGACUGGAGGUAACUGUUACAUUCGCAACGUGCAAUGUUAGAAAAUAUCACGAUAUUAGCGACUCUCCUAAAACGGACGAUAUGGAAGAGCAGUAUGCCUCGCUUGUUCAGGAGCUUCAUAAUCUAAUGGAAACUGAUGACGAAUAUGUAGCAGACAAGGAAAGAGCAUCCAAACAUAAAAUAUCUUUCAAACAAGAAGCAGAUGUUGGACAGGAGUGUCCUUUAUAUGGUUUUUCUACUGGGAAUGAACUGUUUGUUGAUUUAGAGAAUUGA